AAGGAAACCCCACUUCCUCCUGCGAGAACUGCCCCUCCCCCCCCAUUCUCUCUCCUAUAAAGCUCUUGCGUUCUCCGACCCCAGAGAAAUGCCGUCUGUCGAUUCCUCGAUCGAUGUCAUAACCUGCUCUCUUUCGCCUCUUUUCUUCCGAUUAACGCUCCGAAGAUCCUACAAUCAACGUAGAAGCGGCCGAAUCUCUAUUUGAUUUCGCUCCGAUUCGCUUCUUUUUCCUCUCAAAACCAAAAACCCUAGAUUUUGAUCUCAGUUUCUUGAUUUCUUCCUUUCUUUGUUUUAUUUAGAGUUCCUUUUUUUUUUCGAAUUUUGAGUAGAUUUUGGUUCAUUUAUCGCGUGGGAGAAUCGGUUUUUGAGAACCGAUCGGAAUCGUGGAGAUGAACCCUCGAGGUGGUAGAUAUCCUCCCGGAAUCGGCAACGGCCGCGGGGGGAGCGCGGGCGGAAACCCUAACUUUAAUGGGAGAAACCCUCAACAACACCAGCAGUAUGUGCAGCGGAAUCCAGUGCAGGGCCAGCAGAGCCAGCAGUUACAGCAGCAGCAGCUGCAGUGGUCGAGAAGGAAUCAGAUGGGAAGCGAUUCUGGAAUCAGGGAAGCAAUGAAAUCAGUUCAGUCUGAUAGCAUCGAUUCCAGUUCUCAAGAUUGGAAGGCACAAUUGAAUAUCCCACCUCCUGAUACACGUUACAGGACAGAGGAUGUUACUGCAACUAAAGGAAAUGAAUUUGAAGACUAUUUUCUGAAGAGGGAGCUACUUAUGGGAAUAUAUGAGAAGGGAUUUGAAAGGCCUUCACCUAUUCAAGAAGAAAGUAUACCAAUUGCACUGACUGGAAGUGACAUUCUUGCUAGAGCCAAAAAUGGAACUGGGAAGACAGCUGCAUUUUGCAUUCCUGCACUGGAAAAAAUUGAUCAAGAUAACAAUGUCAUUCAAGUUGUCAUAUUGGUUCCUACGAGAGAAUUAGCUCUCCAAACUUCACAAGUCUGUAAGGAGCUUGGAAAGCAUUUAAAGAUUCAAAUUAUGGUUACUACUGGAGGAACCAGCUUGAAGGAUGACAUUAUGCGCUUGUAUCAGCCUGUUCAUUUGGUUGUUGGAACACCUGGUCGAAUAAUUGAUCUUGCAAAGAAAGGUGUCUGUAUCUUGAAGGAUUGUUCAAUGCUCAUUAUGGAUGAGGCGGAUAAGCUUCUUUCUCCUGAGUUUCAACCUUCAAUAGAGCAGCUGAUUCGUUUCCUUCCUGCAAAUCGGCAAAUUUUACUGUUUUCAGCAACGUUCCCUGUGACUGUCAAGGAAUUCAAAGACAGAUACCUAGCAAAACCUUAUAUAAUUAAUCUUAUGGAUGAACUCACCCUGAAGGGAAUAACACAAUACUAUGCUUUUGUAGAAGAAAGGCAGAAGGUCCACUGCCUUAAUACCCUUUUUUCAAAGCUUCAAAUCAACCAAUCUAUUAUAUUUUGCAACUCGGUUAACCGGGUGGAGUUAUUGGCAAAGAAAAUCACUGAGCUUGGUUAUUCUUGCUUCUAUAUUCAUGCUAAAAUGUUGCAAGACCAUCGGAAUCGAGUCUUCCAUGACUUCCGCAAUGGUGCAUGCAGGAAUCUUGUUUGUACAGAUCUGUUCACAAGGGGGAUUGACAUUCAAGCUGUUAAUGUUGUUAUCAAUUUUGAUUUUCCCAAGAACUCAGAAACAUAUCUGCACAGGGUUGGUCGUUCAGGAAGAUAUGGCCAUCUUGGUUUAGCAGUAAAUUUGAUCACCUAUGAGGACCGCUUCAACCUAUAUAGGAUUGAACAAGAACUUGGGACUGAAAUAAAACAGAUUCCUCCACAAAUAGACCAAACUAUAUACUGCAGGUGAUCUGUGGUACUGAUAAAUGUGCAUGCUCAUUGUUGGUUAAUAAUUAGAAGACCUACUGUAAAUACUGGCUUAUCAAGGUUUAUUUUGUCACCUUGUCCAACAUACUAGUGAUGGCAUCUUGUGAGGUGUUCAGUGAAACUGAGUACGUUCAGAUCAUAUUGUGGACCCUAUAUGCUGAUACCUGUUAUGUGGUACUUCAAAUCGUUGUUGUGUUCUGACUUGUAGGUUUUUAUGUUGCUUUGUGGUGACCUUUUUCUUUUAGCACUAACAAGUUGCGGGUAAAAGUUUUAAUUGCUCUAACUCCCAGUCGUUUGCCUCCAAGUAUUUGUACUGGUGGUUCUGUUGUAGGGAGUCCUAGUUUUAUUCUGAUAAACUUCAAAGUGUUACAUGGCUUUAAGUCAUAAAAUGCUCCACUGUGGAGACCUGGCAUUAGAGUUUCUAGUGCUCAGGUUUUUGCGGAGUCCAUGCAUUUAAAUGUUUUAUGUAUUAUCAGAUCUGAAGAUUUUAAAGAUCUAUAUGGUACUUCUUUCUGGACAAUUA